GGGCGUCUCUUUUUUUUAAAUUGCGGGAUAUGGAGAAGAACCCAUAGGACAGUCCACCUUCCCUCGUAGUAAUACUAUGGAGAAAAACGAGGCGUAACAGGUACAAAAGACCCCGACGAGGCUUGACCAGGGGGGGUUAGUGUCCGCCCCAGCGUUUUCUAAGUGUAGAGUUGCAUUGUCUCUCCAAACGAGCGGCAGCCGUCGCAGCAUCUCACCCGGUUUCAGUGCACCAACUCGUAAACUCUAAAAAUUGGCAUCUCGGGCCCCUGGUAUCCACUUACAUCUUACAUGGCUGUGGUGUGUGUGUGUGCAUGAAGUGAAGAAGUGUCGGCAGGAUUGGCCGGAGGGACUGCAUGCGUGGCUGUAGUUAGGUUUGGCUGGCUGGUUAGCUUGCUUGCCUGCAUGCAUAUACGUUCAGCCAGUAAUCGGCGUCUAAAGCGCCUCACCGGAAGCGAAAAGGCAAACCACGCCACCCUAUUUGCUGAUUCGUAGUAUAGCUGCUGCAGUUCUGCCGUGCAGGGCCGAAUCCUUCUCUUCUUCGUCGUUUUGCCUUCCUGGGCUGUUAUUCACACGCCCCCCUCCUCCCAUGCCUGCCUACUCGUCUUAGUGCAUGGUGUAGGCCGUCGCAAUGGCCGUGUUAGUGUCCAUCAAGAUGAUGACAGAGAACCGGUUGUUGCUUGUUAACUUGCUUGUGAACUCUCAUGGAUGCGGCUUGCUGAGCAGGAUGCCGUGAUUGCUCGUUCGUAUGGCUGCCUGCACCACUAACACACGGCCUCACCAGCCCUCCUUGUUGCCGCCGCCGAGGUGUCUGAUCGGAAACUAUCCUUGAUGGGAACCGGCGGCAAAGCCUUUUCCCUUUCUUACCUGGCGCUCGGUUUGGCACAGGAACAGGGGAACGAGAACAAGGCUGCUGCAUCUUGGGUGGCUCCCAGUCUGUCAGUCUACUUGUCCUAGUACCAUUAAUGCCGACGCUUUCUGUUAUUGCUCAUGUCGACAUAUCACUGCUUGCUCUUCUUGUAUCCCAUCUUCCACAGUCCUAAAAGCACCAUCUGAAGCAGACGCAGACGCAGAUAGCGGACUAUCCCAUCAUGGCCAUCCACCACACGCUCUCUCCCGACUCUUGGGCUUCACUUACUCCCGCCCAGAUUGCUACCCUCUGUCUUCUUUGCAGCGGCUGCACCGUGGCAUAUCUCUGGGCUCGCCAGCAACAGUCAUCAGGAUGUUCUCGUCAUGCACACGGCUUCACUGCCCAUCAUGAGCACCACCGCAGCACCAACAACACCGCAGCCAGCUGGCUCCUCGACCCCGAAAAGGUCCGCCUGCUCUACCAUCAACUUCACAACAUGGAAGACAACCCCGAGAUCCUUCCUACGGCCCAUGAAGCUCUCCUAGCUGCCCUCGACCUCGCCGUCGACGCAGCCAAGGUCCUCCCUGCCAAAGACAGCAUCCUCGCCCUCCCCAAAUACUCUGCCACCGACCUGACUGCCUGGAUCGAGCGCCGUGACGACGACAUCAUGGAAGAAUUCGAGGCCUACACCAAGCGCCGCCGCUCCGGCCAGCCCAGAGAACUGCUUCCCACCAAGGACCACGCCAUCACCUGGCUCCGCGCCCAAACACCACUCCGCUUCGUCGACGGCGCCUGGCUCGGCCACCUCAGCCGCGUCGACAGCCUCUGGACACACCAGCAAGUCGUCCGGCAGUUGUGGCAAAUCACGUCCGAGGAGCUCGGCGACGGCGACAUCAGCAAGCACCACGCCCGCAUAUACGCACAGCUCCUCGAGACAACUGCCCCAGACAUGCCCGCCGCCCAUUCUGCCGAGUUCAUGGACCGCCGCCACGGCACGACCGACGACUCGGUAUGGCGCGCCGCGCUGCCGCAGCUGCUCAUCUCGCUGUUCCACAAGGACCUGAUGCCCGAGAUGCUCGGGUUCAAUCUGCACUUUGAGGGCAUCACGCUGGGCAUGCUGCAGGCCGCUACGGAGAUGACGGAGCUGGGCCUUGACGCAACCUACUUUAUGCUGCAUGUCUCUAUUGACAAUGCGGCUUCGGGCCACACGGCCAUGGCGCUCGACGCUGUUGUCUUGUACCUCGAGCAGGUCCGUGAGAAUGACGGCGAGGGGGCCAUGGAGCAGGCGUGGAGGCGUGUGCAGGCGGGAUACUUGUUGUCUGAGGGGGCCUGGGUGCGCCGCAUUGCGAGUCAGACGAAAUCCUCUGCAGACCUCGAACAGGCCGUGGGCGACAUUUUCUUGUCCAAGGCCAAGUCGGGAUGCAAGCUACACUGCCGCAGCCAGUCCAAGAUUGGCAAGAGUACUGUCGUGGAGUGGCUGGACCCGAGCCAGCUUGACACUGAGGACCGCGGGGCUAACCUUGUGCAGGCGCUGGCUCGCUCGCGAUACUGGGUGACGCCUGGAAACAGCGAUAAGAGCCGGUUCAUGAAGGAGCUGCUGUGGGGUGGCCGCAUGUUUGGCGCAUUUACAGAGGGGGAGUGUAAUGUUGUGCGGGAAUGGAUCAACGGUCUCGCGCCGCUGCCUGUGGUGUCGUAUGCCUCCUUUACUGGCCAUGACCAUACUCGCCGUAAUGCUCUCGCCACGAACGAUGCAGGAUCUUUCGGCCCGAUGUUGCCGUCCCGCGACGCCAUUGACAGGUUGCGCCAGCAGAUCCUGCAGGAUUCCUCUGCGACACUCAUCCCGUCCCCCGAGUUGUCACAGACCGGUGUCAACGGCUUCCACUUCCCGGUGGAGGUGGCGGCCGUCGAAAAGGUCAAAACUCUACCAGUGCUGUGGUUUACGCAUUUCCGUCUUCUCGAGGGCUUCUUGGCCAUCCCGUCCAAGAAUGGCGAUGCACUGGGCGGUUUGAUCCUUCGCAUCCUUCGUGCGCAGUACGGCUUUGACGAGCUGCAGUACAGUGUCACGGGAAACGUCAAGAUUGGCUCGGACGAUCACUCAUCUGCAAGCGAAGCAUCCUUUUUCGACAUGGGCAUGCAGAUCUUGGCAUAUCAUGGCGUUCCAGCUUCGGUUGGUUCUUUGGAGGAGCUGCUGUCGCUGUAUCCUGCGGGAGAGUUGCCCAAGGUGAUGAUGCAGCUUGCUACGGCGCCCAAUGCCUGUAAAGCCGUCCUUCUUGGUAUGGCUGCUGCCUUUGUUCCACUGCGCCGGGCAGUCGCUGCAUCCUCGAUAUUGGAAGACGCUAUGCGCCCACUCUUGGCCCGCAUGGCUGACUUUGAAGAGGAGCAGCUUGCGGAAUGCCUGCGUAUUGUGGGCAAGGAGCACCAGAGCGCGACGGCAGAGUUUUGGAAGGGCUUCCAGUUUGCCAGGACACACCUUACGGACGCACUGAGCAAGGAGGAAUGAGCCCCCCUAAGAUGAAAAGUUUUUAUUUUUAUGUUACUGAUUUACUGAAUUUCUUUUCUUUUGUUUGCCAACUUGGCUGAGCAUGGCUUGGUUUCUUGUUUCGCAGUAGAUAGUCCAUCCUCUGCGCAGAGACCAUGCAACUCCAGAUAGCUGCCACCACCAAUAGAAUAGACGCCUUUAG